UGUUUAGCUGAGACGAGUGUUUACAAUGUGCAUCCAGGUUGAGAUUGGCAACUGUAACUUUCUAGAAUAAUUUCCCAGCGUUCAUUGCGUGCCCAAUAUGGAGGAACUGACGGUGGAGGUUCGUGGCUCAAACGGAGCUUAUUACAAGGCAUUUGUCAAAGAUGUUCAUGAAGAUUCACUCACCGUUGCCUUUGAAAACAACUGGCAACCAGAGCGUAAGGUUCCUUUCAGCGAUGUGCGCAUGCCGCCUCCUCCAGAUGUUAAAAAGGAAAUCGGUGAAGGUGAGGACGUUGAGAUUUACUCAAGAGCAAACGAGCAGGAGCCUUGUGGUUGGUGGCUUGCAAAAGUGAGAAUGAUGAAGGGUGAUUUUUAUGUAAUCGAAUAUGCUGCAUGUGAUGCCACAUAUAAUGAGAUAGUUACCUUUGAGCGUCUUCGUCCAGCGAACCUUAACAAGGCUGUGGCAAAAAAUACCUUCUUCAAGUGUACAAUUCCAGUACCAGAUGAUUUAAAAGCUGCGUGUGAAAAUGAACUUGCACAUAAAGAUUUCAAAAAAGCAAUAGGGGCCUGUCGCAUCUUCUACCAUGCAGACACAAGCCAAUUAAUAAUACUGUCAAUGAAUGAAGCCACAGUCAAGAGAGUUACAAUACUAAGUGACAUGCAUUUGCGCAGUAUUCGCACAAAGUUAAUGCUCAUGUCAAGAAAUGAAGAAGCAACAAAGCACCUAGAGAGCACAAAGCAGUUGGCUUCUGCAUUCCUUGAGGUAUUUACUGUGAGAGAGGAUCUGAUGGGUUUGGCAAUUGGAACGCAUGGUAGUAAUAUUCAGCAAGCAAGGAAAGUACCUGGAGUUACAGCAAUUGAACUGGAAGAAGAUACCGGCACAUUUAGAAUUUAUGGAGAGACUGCUGAAGCAGGACAGAAAGCAAGGAGUUACCUUGAGUUUAUUGAAGCCUCUGUUCAGAUUCCCAGAAAUUUGGUUGGUAAGGUCAUUGGUAAAAAUGGAAAAGUCAUUCAGGAGAUUGUGGACAAAUCUGGAGUUGUGCGAGUAAGGAUUGAAGGUGAUAAGGACAAUAAACUUCCUCGAGAAGAGGGAAUGGUUCCUUUUACAUUUGUUGGCACAAAGGAGAACAUCGAAAAUGUUCAAGUUCUUCUGGAAUACCACAUUGCUUACCUAAAUGAAGUGGAACAGCUAAGAAUGGAGAGGCUUCAGAUUGAUGACCAGCUGAGGGAAAUAGGAGUGGGGUUCAGGCCUUCCUCCAACCGCAAUACUGAUAAAGAUAAAGGCUACACAACAGAUGAGAGCACAUCUACUCCCUCCCUGCAUGGCAGCAGGUCUUACAGUGGCAGAGGUCGUGGUCGCAGAGGCCCUAUUUACACCUCUGGUUAUGGUACGAACUCUGAACAGUCAACUGCAUCCGAAACUGAUUCGGAGAGAAAGGACGAGCUGAGUGACUGGUCGUUGGCAGGGGAAGAUCACGACCGGGAACCUAGGCACCAACGGGACAGCAGGAGACGGCCUGCCUCUGGGAGAGGGCGUGGGGGUCCUGGAGGCAGGGCCCGUGGAGGGGGCAGAGGGGCUAGCAGUUCCAUCAGCUCUGUGCUUCAGGAUCCGGACAGCAAUCCCUACAGUUUACUAGAUAACACUGAAACAGACCAGACUGCUGACACUGACGCCAGUGAUUCUCACCACAACAUCAGCCGACGCAGACGGUCACGUAAGCGUAGGACUGAUGAAGACGCUACCCUAAUUGAUGGAUUGACUGAGUCUGAUAAUGCUUCAGUUAACGAAAAUGGUGUGGAUGAUUUGGAGAAAAAAUCCCAGCGGCGUAACCGUAGCCGUAGGCGCCGUUUUUGCAGCCGGGCAGAAGACAGGCAGCCAGUUACAGUAGCAGAUUACAUAUCCCGUGCCGAAUCACAGAGCAGACAGAGAACCCCAGUAAGGGACACUUUGACAAAAAUGGGUCAGGUUGAUUUCAUUGAAGAACAAAGCACUGCUGCUGUGGCCAUGAAUGGGCCCAGCAACGCUUCUGGUGACAAACCGAGAAAGCCACAACACACUCCCACGGAAGGAACUCAGAAAGUGAAUUAUCAAGGAGAUGGAAAUCAACCCGUCCUUAAUGGCAUCUCUUAAACACUUGCUCCCAAUUUACAGGACCUUUUACAUUUUAUAAUAGUGCUUGUACAAGCUUGCCAAAGAUAAAUAUGGACUGUCAUAUUUUUUAUCACACUUUUCAGUUCCUCCAUUAUGGAACACAAAGGGGAUGAAGUUUAUUUAAAAAAAACAACAAAAAAAAAAAAAAAACAA